AUGCUACCACCAAAUGCUAUGUUAGUGAAGCUCUUAAUGUGGUUUAUGUAUCUAAAUGUAAUGGUUAAUCAUGGAGAAAGCUCAUACGCAGGGGCAGCUGAUGAUACUUACCACGACCAAAUGAAGCGCAUGGCUUUGAUGAUGAAGGCAUCACAUACUAUCCAAAAUAAGGUGUCCUCGGGCUCACGUGUUCAUCACGUGACUGAGUAUGGUGCUGACCCCACUGGAAGAUUGGACAGCACAGGGGCACUUCAGGAAGCUAUCUCUGUUGCCUUUGCAUCUCCUCUUGAUGGUCACCUGAUUACGGGUGUUGCUGACCUUGGAGGCACUGAAGUUCACCUUGAUGGAGGCACGUACAAGAUCAGCCGUCCAUUGCGCUUACCAGACGCCGGUGGUGGAAACUUUAUGAUUCAUGGUGGAUCCCUUCAUGCAUCUGAUGAUUUCCCGACCGAUCGCCAUUUGAUCGAGUUGUGGUCAUCCUCGAAUGCUUUUGUGUACGAAGACAUUACACUCAAGGAUCUCAUGAUAAACUCAAAUUUCAGAGGUGGUGGCAUUGCAGUUAUAAAUUCACUAAGAAGUACCAUUGACAAUUGUUACAUUUCACAUUUCACCACCAGUGGUAUACUAAUCCAAGGUGGCCAUGAAACCUAUGUUAGAAACUCCUUUAUCGGCCAACACAUCAAUAUUGGCGGUGAUCACCGCGAAAGGAACUUUUCUGGUAUUGGAAUUAACAUCCAAGGAAAUGAUAACGCAAUCACCGAUGUGGUAAUUUUUUCAGCAUCAAUUGGUGUAAUGGUACAAGGGCAAGCCAAUGUGCUCACUGGGGUACAUUGCUAUAACAAGGCCACUACAUGGGGUGGGACCGGAAUUUAUGUUCGGGCUCCCGGGUUGACCCAGACUCGAAUACUGAACUCCUACUUUGAUUUCACGGGUAUUGUGGCGGAGGACCCGGUCCAGCUCCAUAUAGCGGGGUCAUUCUUCCUUGGCAAUGCCUUUAUUUUGAUUAAAUCGCUGAAGGGUGUGGCAUGUGGCAUUAGUAUUGUUGACAAUAUGUUUUCAGGUGAUUAUACGGGUGUCCCAAUCGUCCAACUAGAUCAAUCUAACGGACAGUAUUUUACUACCAUUGAUCAAGUCAUGGUUGACCGAAAUGUAGUACAGGGCAUGGUUCUUAAAUCAACGGUUGCCAAGGGGUCAGUUUGGAGCAAUGGGACUAGAUGGACCGUUGAUUUCUCAAAACUUCUCCUCUUCCCUGAUCUCAUACAAAAUGUGCAAUACACAUUGCAUGCAAGUAAGUCAUUUCCUAAGCAUGUUCUACGAAACGUGUCAAGCAAUCGUGUGACGGUGGAAUCCGACGUGCCAGUUUCAGCCACGUUGCGUGUAUCAGUAGAUCAAAGCAUGAUGGGCUACGUAUAAUUAGGAACCUAAUUGUGAUUAAAAUACGUGUAUAGCAAGCACAUACAUGAUACAAUGAAGUCCUUUUUUUCUUCUUAUGAAAAGUAUCCAUUCAG